AUGUCUCGGAGGUCAGCACCCCCCUCCCCCAUCUAUCAGCACCUCUCGUUCCCCUCUAUCAGCACCUCGUUCCCCUCUAUCAGCACCUCUAGUUCCCCUCUAUCAGCACCUCUCGUUCCCCUCUAUCAGCACCUCACUUACCCCUCUCUCAGCACCUCCACUCCGACACUCACUGCACUACCAUCCCCCCUCUGUCCUCUCAACCUUCCCCCUGUCACUGUACCUCCCUUCUCCCUCUGUCCUCACCUCCCUUCCCACUAUGACACACCUCUGUUCCCCUCUCACAUCACCUCUUCCCCCCUUGCCAGCGUCACCACUAACCCUCUACCCCGCGUGCCUCAACUCCUUUCCUCUUUAUUCGUGCACUUAUCUUGCCCCUCUGACCGCACCGCACCCCCCUUCCAACUCACCCAUCACCUCCUAACCCACUGCCCGCACCCUCUUUUCCCUCUCCACGCACCUUCAUUCCCCCCUUUUGACCUCACCUUCCUUUUCCCCUCCCCUGUUUGCCUACAUUCCCCAUAUGAAAUCAAGUCCUUUCCCCCUCCCUAUGCACUUAACUCUCCCCUCUCAAAUCACCUCUUUCCCCCUCUGACAGCACCUCUUGCCCCCCUCCCAACACCUUCUCUCCCUGCACCUUCUCCCCACCUCUGUCCUCUCCUCCCUUCCCCCUCUCACAGCUCCUACCUUCCCCCACCCACAGCAUCUCCCUUCCCCCACCCACAGCAUCUCCCUUCCCCCUCUCACAGCUCCUCCCUUCCCCCUCUCACAGCUCCUCCCUUCCCCCACCCACAUCAUCUCCCUUCCCCCUAUCACAGCUCCUCCCUUCCCCCUCUCACAUCUCCUACCUUCCCCCACCCACAGCAUCUCCCUUCCCCCUAUCACAGCUCCUCCCUUCCCCCUAUCACAGCUCCUCCCUUCCCCCUCUCACAGCUCAUACCUUCCCCCACCCACAGCAUCUCCCUUCCCCCUAUCACAGCUCCUCCCUUCCCCCUCUCACAGCUCCUCCCUUCCCCCACCCACAUCAUCUCCCUUCCCCCUAUCACAGCUCCUCCCUUCCCCCUCUCACAGCUCCUCCCUUCCCCCUCUCACAGCUCAUACCUUCCCCCACCCACAGCAUCUCCCUUCCCCCUAUCACAGCUCCUCCCUUCCCCCUCUCACAGCUCCUCCCUUCCCCCACCCACAUCAUCUCCCUUCCCCCUCUCACAGCUCCUCCCUUCCCCCUCUCACAGCUCCUACCUUCCCCCACCCACAGCAUCUCCCUUCCCCCACCCACAGCAUCUCCCUUCCCCCUAUCACAGCUCCUACCUUCCCCCUCUCACAGCUCCUCCCUUCCCCCACCCACAUCAUCUCCCUUCCCCCUAUCACAGCUCCUCCCUUCCCCCUCUCACAGCUCCUACCUUCCCCCACCCACAGCAUCUCCCUUCCCCCACCCACAGCAUCUCCCUUCCCCCUCUCACAGCUCCUCCCUUCCCCCUCUCACAGCUCCUCCCUUCCCCCACCCACAUCAUCUCCCUUCCCCCUCUCACAGCUCCUCACUUCCCACACACAGCAUCUCCAUUCCCCAUAUCACAGCUCGUCCCUUCCCCCUCUCACAGCUCCUCCCUUCCCCCACCCACAGCAGCUCCCUUCCCCCUCUCGCACCUCCUACCUUCCCCCUCUCGCGGCUCCUCCCUUCCCCGUUCCGCCUCUCAUUCCGCAUCUCAAGCCGCCUCUCCUUCCGCCUCUCAUUCCGCCCCUCCUUCCGCAUCUCACUCCGCCUCUCGCGUCGCCUCUCAUUCCGGGUUUCUUUCCGCCCCUCAUUACGCCUCUCAUUGCGCCUCUCAUUACGCCUCUCAUUACGCCUAUCUAUUCGCCUCAUCCCGCCUCUCAAUCCGCCUCUCAUCCCGCCUCUCACGCCGCCUCUCGUUCCGCCUCUCGUUCCGCCUCUCAUUCCGCCUCUCGUUCCGCCUCUUUUUCCGCCUCUCAUUCCGCCUCACAUUCCGCCUCUUAUUCCGCCUAUAA